GCUCUAGUGGGCUAUGCACAAGAUUUGCCUCUACCAACAUGGCCGCCCUUCUUUUUUCGGUCACGCUGAUUGGACGCUUGGCCUGAUGAGCCCGCCUCUCUCGUUAUCUGAUUGGCUCCGGUCCCGGGCCGGUCAGGAUGACUUCCGGCCAAGCGGAAGGAGUGUACGGAUCUGUCAAUUAAACGGGGAGACAAGAGACGAGCAACGCCAGCGGCACCCCCCCUUGACCGGAAGCGGAAAACAAGCGCGACAGCGACCCCAUAUUGGGAGGGGUGAAGACUGAACUCUGACCUCUCUCUCCCCCCUAUAUUCAUCUGGGUGUGGCCCCUAACACUGAUAGGGUCCCCAUGUGCUGUAUACCUGAAUCCCGAUAACCGUAUUGGCAGUCACCGCCCAUUAUAUGUCUCCACCAUUCAUUUCUGCACCGAUUUCCUAUACAUAGUCGUCUAUAUCUGUGCUAUAGCCCCUGUAUAGUCCCCCCCCCCCCCCCCAUUCUGCUAUAAUGGUAUGCUCCACAUAGGCUCUUGCCCCAUUGGGGUGACGUAUGGGUGCACCCUGGGGGGAUGUUUGUGAUUUUAUUGUCUUAUGUAAGGAUGUAUUAGGCUGGCACCCUAGACGUUAGCUUGGAGGGGUGCAGCGCUGCUUGUACAUUACAGUGCCAUUUUAUAUUGGGGUGGGCUUUUUUUUUUAAUCAUUGGGGGACUGGGGAGUCAGGUCGUAUGCAGCCGGUGGUGUGACAUGUGCCGCAAAAAAGACGGUGACGCAAAGAGACGAGCCUGACAAUCAGUUACAGCAUGGCGUCCGAGGAGUCCUCCCUCCGAGCCCUGGAGAGUCUUAUGACCGAGUUCUUUCACACCAGCACAUCCAACGAACGGAAAAGAGAAAUCGAGGCUCUGUUGAAUAACUUCGCUCAGCAGCUCGGCGCCUGGAGGUUCUGCUUCUACUUCCUGUCCAGCUCACACAAUGACUACGUCCUGAUGUACAGUCUCAGCGUGUUCGAGAACUUAAUCAAUAAGAUGUGGCUGGGCGUCCCGUCAGAGGAGAAGAUGGAGAUCCGCGGCUCUCUGCCCAAGCUCCUCCUGAGCCAGCACAAGGCUCUCCCGGGCUUCAUCUGCAACAAGCUGUGCAAGGUGAUUGUAGACAUGGGCCGACAGGACUGGCCGAUGUUCUACCAUGACUUCUUCACCAACAUCUUACAGCUUAUCCAGACUCCCAGAACUACUCCCCUGGGGCUGAUCAUGCUGAAGACGGCCUCUGAGGAGCUGGCGUGUCCCAGGGAGGACCUGAGCGUGGCCAGGAAAGAGGAACUCCGCAAACUGCUGCUGGAGCAAGUGCCAACCGUGCUGGGGCUGCUGACAGGAGUUCUUGAAAGUAUAUGGGAUAAGCACAGUGUCACCGCAGCCACUCCUCCGCCAUCACCUACUGCUUCCGAUGCCGAUGACCUUCUCAGUAACCUUGUACACACCCCCUCCUUGGCCAAGCAGCUGAGCCAACCACCUCCAAGCCUGGAAGCGGAAAGCGAGCGUAUUUGUGCCCUGGCCCUCGAGUGCCUGUCGCAUCUCUUCAGCUGGAUCCCCCUUUCCGCCAGCAUCACCCCCUCGCUGCUUACCACAAUCUUUCACUUUGCACGGCUGGGCUGCGACGCCCGCUCACGAAGGACUCACGCCGUCAACAACACCCACAGCGUCACGCUUAACGGCGGCGGCAGCAGCAGCCCUCCCCUACCAUUGACAUCGCCCACCUCUCAGCAGGACUGUAACAGACUGGGGGUCUUAGCCAUGUCUUGUAUUAAUGAACUGAUGUGCAAGAACUGUGUCCCCCUGGAGUUCCAGGAGUAUCUGUUACGUGUAUGCCAGCAGACCUUCUACCUCUUGCAGAGGAUUACACGAGAGACAAACGCCCACAGUGUGCGCAAUCGGCUGGAGGAGCUGGAUGAGAGUUACGUGGAAAAGUUUACAGACUUCCUUCGGCUCUUUGUUAGCGUCCACUUGAGGAGAAUAGAAUCCAAUGCCCAGUUCCCUGUAGUAGAGUUCCUGGCACUACUCUUCAAAUACACCUUUCACCAGCCGACACAUGAAGGUUACCUCUCGUGUCUGGACAUCUGGGCGCUCUUUUUAGACUAUCUAACAAACAAGAUAAGAAAUCGGCUGGAAGACAGAGAGGCCAUUAUUGGCAGGUACGAAGACGCCCUGGUGCUGCUGCUCACUGAGGUGUUAAAUCGGAUCCAGUUCCGCUACAACCAAACACAGUUGGAGGAGCUGGAUGACGAGACUCUGGACGAUGAUCAGCAGACGGAAUGGCAAAGAUAUUUACGUCACAGCUUGGAAGUGGUAGCCAAAAUUAUGGAGCUGCUCCCCACGCAUGCGUACAAGAAAAGCUGCUGCUCUCGGCAUGCCAUCUGCUGGUCUCUGUGGCAACAACAGUGCGGCCUGUAUUCCUUAUCAACAUUCCUGCCGUCCAGAAGGUGUUCAGCCGUGUGACAGACAAUUCUGCGCAGAGACUACCAGAAGAGGCUCAGGUGCUGCUGUGUCGGGCUUUGUCUAAUGUCCUCCUCCUCCCGUGGCCAAAUGUCCCAGAGGGCGAGCAGCAGUGGGCAGAGCGCUCUAGUCAUCAUGCCAACCUCCUGAACAGCUUGUCCCGAGACUACCGCCAGCUGAAGGGCAGCGCUCCGGCUCAGAGGAAGGGCCAACUCGAAGCCACUAAGCGUGUCAUCUGUCAGACGCUGGGUGUACUGAAGGAUAUUGUAGAGAACAUCUCGGGCGAGGGCACAAAGUCUCGGCAGAUCUGUUACCAGUCCAUGCAGGAGUCGGCCCAGCUCUCCCUGUCUCUCUUCCCAGCUUACAUCCACCAGCCAGAUGUGACUGAGGAGAUGCUCAGCUUUUUCUUGGCCUUAUUCCAAGGACUCAGGGUACAGAUGGGGGUGCCGUUUACCGAGCAGAUCAUACAGACCUUCCUGAACAUGUUUACCAGGGAGCAGCUGGCAGAAAGCAUACUACAAGAAGGCAGCGCCGGCUGCCACGUGGUGGAGAAGUUUCUGAAGAUCCUGCAGGUUGUAGUCCAGGAACCUGGUCCAGCCUUUAAGCCUUUCCUGCCAAGUAUCCUGUCCCUGUGCAUGGAGCAGCUGUAUCCCAUCAUUGCAGAGCGUCCAUCCCCCGAUGUGAAAGCUGAGCUGUUUGAGCUGCUGUUCCAGCUCCUGCAUCACAAUUGGAGAUAUUUCUACCGAUCCUCAGUCCUAGCCAGCGUGCACCGAGAUGGUGGUGGUGAUGAGCCCAUGGAGAACCAGGCACAGUUCAUCGGUGUCAUGCAGGCAUUUGGUCAGUCAUUUCUGCAGCCGGAUAUUCAUCUUUUCAAGCAAAAUCUUGGUUAUCUGGAGACCCUGAACAGCAAACACAAACUGUACCAUAAGAAACUGUUCCGGGCCAUGAUGCUGCCGCAGUUUGUCAGUGUUUUACUUCAGGUUCUUAUCCACAAGUCCCACGAUCUUCUCCAGGAGGAGAUAGGCAUCGCCGUCUACAACAUGGCAUCUGUGGACUUCAGCACUUUCUUCUCUGCCUUCUUACCUGAAUUCUUAGCCGGCUGCCAAGGCCUAGAUAGCGGUCAGAAGAAUGUCCUUGCCCGCAAUUUUAAGAUGGAACGGGACCUGCCUUCGUUUACCCAGAGUGUACAUCGCCUGGUCAAUGACCUCCGGUAUUACAGACUCUGCAAUGACAGCCUCCCCCCAGGAACUGUGAAACUGUGACCGAACCAGCUCCCCCACCACCCCCCAAGCCUGAAUCUUGCAUAAAUAGUCUUAACUCACCCGCUACAGAUGUGAAUCCUGCUCCGUCACUCAUCCCGUAUUUCUCCGGUUUAUCAUAUUUUUUUUUUAUGGAACUUUAACCUGUUUUAGCACUUUCUCUCUGCGAGAUUUCAGUGCCUCCCCCGUUUACUCCCACUUAAUCCCUUUGUUUUAAAGGGUUGUUAUAAAUCCCUUUGGUAGCUCAGGGGUUAAGGAAGCGCUCCCUUGUAUUUUAACUGUAUUAAAAAAACAGAAAAUGUCAAUUUCACAAACCUUCAAUAUCAUUCCCUGAUGAGGAAGAAUGUGGGGGACAGUCACCCACCAAUGGACACUGACGUCUGGAUUUUAAGACUGUAUUGGCCACUUAUUUGCCCCCGGUCGGUUGGGGUACACGUACUUUAUUAUGUAUUGUUUUAUAUAAAAAAUUUUUUUUUUUUUUGUUAUCAUUCCAUUGUGAAAUUGAAGUCGCUUAUUGCGAAUAAAAUGAAUGCCUUGUUUAAUAGCUGCUGCUUUGGUGGUUUAGCCUGCAUAUUGGAGGAGGAACAUGACUGGGGAUGAUCAGCCAAACCAGGAAGUCGCCCAUCUGUAGACAUCUGGUUGU